AGAGGUUUGAACAAUUGAGUUUUUUUUUCCUCCCUCAAGGGGUUCUCUGUUCUAUUUUUUUUUCGCGUUGAAACCUGGCAAACCCCCGUGCAAUAAGUCUCCAUCACCAUUGGUUUCUUUGUGGCGCUUUGUCUAUUUUGGCCCGGCAUACUACCUACCACAUCGACCACCAAUACCUUUUUUGGGGGUGAUUUUCUUUGUUAAAGGUUGCGAAUAUAUUUGCGAGACAACCAAAAACAAAACAAAAAAAAUCCAACAUCAGCUUACGUCCAUCUAGGGAAAGUGUGCGUGGGAUUCUGCAUAAAAACCGAGCACGUCAUUUUCAGGAAAGCUGCCGGUAAAAUAGUUGCCUACCAUGGAUUUGGUAAAUCACCUGGAGGGACGUCUGCUGUUUGCAGUACCAAAGAAGGGCCGCCUCCAGGGCCCAUGUCUUAACCUGCUCGAGGGCGCCGACAUCCAGUUCAGGCGGGAGAGCCGCCUCGACAUCGCGCUGGUCAAGAACCUCCCCAUAGCCCUCAUCUUCCUGCCCGCCGCCGACAUCCCAACCUUUGUCGGCGAGGGCCGCGUCGACCUAGGCAUCACGGGCACCGACCAGGUCCAGGAGCACGACGCCGGCGUCCGGUCGGUCAACCGCGCCCGCCGCGCCCGCCGCGGCUCCACCAGCACCUUCAACCCGGCCGAGGAUGGCAGCAAGCCCAGGGGAUGCGAGACCGUCAUGGAUCUUGGCUUCGGUGGCUGCAGGCUGCAGGUCCAGGUGCCGCAGAAGGGCGCCUUCGCCUCGUCUGCUGACUUGGUGGGCAAGAACAUCGGUACCAGCUUCGUUCACCUGGCUGAAGAGUACUUUGCCCGCCUCGAGCAGGAGCAGGAUGCCGCUGCCAACGGGGCUGACGCCCCUGCCCCGGGGUCGAGGAAGUUGCGCACCAACAUCAUCGAGCUCAGCGGGAGUGUCGAGGCCGCCUGUGCCCUGGGCGUUGCCGACGGCAUUGUCGAUCUUGUUGAGUCGGGCGAGACCAUGAGGGCAGCCGGACUCAAGGCCAUCGACACGGUCGUCGAGUCCUCCGCCAUCCUCAUCAAGUCCAAGUCGCCCAGCAACCCGGAGCUGGUGGAGCUUAUUGCUUCCCGCAUCCGGGGUGUCAUCACGGCGCAGAGGUACAUCCUGUGCCAGUACAACAUCGAGCGCUCCAAGCUGGCGGCCGCCACCGCCAUCACGCCGGGCAAGCGUGCCCCCACCAUCACUAACAUUGACCAGGAGGGUGCCGUCGCCGUCAGCUCCAUGGUCGAGAAGAAGAAGAUGGCCAUCGUCAUGGACGAGCUCACCAAGAUUGGCGCCACGGACAUUCUGUGCCUUGCCAUCCAGAACGCGAGGAGCAACUGAAGGAAUUGUCGUGUGUAAAUAUAUAUAAAGAAAGAAUAUGCAUAUAGCUUGAUUGGGGAGGGGGGUAGUGAUGGUACACUGUGAUCUGCGAGCGAGAAUGUUUUGGUCGGUGCGAAAAUAAAAGAUUUUAUAAGCCCAGAUA